CUGCCCGUGGGAGUUGCGGGGAGGUGCGCGCUGCAAAGGACAGCGAUGACGAUGAUGAAGUCACCGUCAGUGUAGACCGGGACCGCUUCAUGGACGAGUUCUUCGAGCAGGUGGAAGAAAUUCGAGGAUUCAUCGAUAAAAUUUCAGAGAAUGUGGAGGAAGUGAAGAGGAAGCAUAGCGCCAUUCUUGCUUCACCCAACCCGGACGAGAAAACGAAGGAGGAGCUGGAAGAGCUGAUGGCUGACAUAAAGAAGACGGCGAACAAAGUGCGCUCCAAGCUAAAGAGUAUUGAACAGAGUAUUGAACAAGAGGAAGGACUGAACAGGUCAUCUGCUGACCUGCGGAUAAGGAAAACUCAGCACUCAACGCUGUCCCGCAAGUUCGUGGAGGUGAUGUCCGAGUACAACGCCACGCAGACCGACUACCGGGAGCGCUGCAAGGGCAGGAUCCAGAGGCAGCUGGAGAUCACUGGCAGGACCACCACCAGCGAGGAGCUGGAGGACAUGCUGGAGAGCGGCAACCCAGCCAUCUUCUCCUCUGGGAUCAUUAUGGAUUCAAACAUCACCAAGCAGGCACUGAAUGAGAUCGAGACACGGCACAGCGAGAUCAUCAAACUGGAGAACAGCAUCCGGGAGCUGCACGACAUGUUCAUGGACAUGGCCAUGCUGGUGGAGAGCCAGGGCGAGAUGAUCGACCGCAUUGAGUACAACGUGGAGCACUCCGUGGACUAUGUGGAACGGGCCGUGUCUGACACCAAAAAAGCAGUGAAGUACCAGAGCAAAGCCAGACGGAAGAAGAUCAUGAUCAUAAUCUGCUGCGUGAUCCUGGGUAUCGUCAUUGCCUCCACCUUCGGCGGCAUUUUCGGCUAGACUCACCCCACGGGACUGUUUGUGUGUGAUGGACGGAGCCACGUGUGCCGUGGGGCCGCAGCCGUGCUGGAGCGAACCGCGCAGCCCUGGAGCCUCCCAGCAGCAUUUCAGUUUCUAAUGCAUGGUUGUUUGUGACGCUGUGUGUGCGGUGCGUCUGUGCGGAGGGAGCGCCAGCCCUGGGGCGCAGGCGGGGUACAGGGGACAGUGAUGGGUGCAGGGGGACCCUGGGGGAGGGGAACCCAAGGUCUCAUCACUGCCCCAGCCUGGGUGUCUGGCUGGGAUGAGGCAGGGACAGAGGUGCCCUUGGGCACUGCUGCUCCACCUGUGCUGGGCAGUCUGCAUCAGGGACAGCCAAGGAUGAGGGGGGACUGAUGAAGGGUGUUGGGGGCCCUCAGGAGCACGGUGCCCAGUCAACUUCCCCCAGCUUCCCCAUCACCUCAAGCCAGAGCGCUCAUGUCUUGUCAGCUGCGUCUGCACUUGUGAACACCUUUCCUUGGGCUGCUCCUCCCAUGGGCCUUUCGCCCGGUGUGCUCUGCUGGGCCCUGCCUGUCCUCUCUGGUUGGGUCUGGCCGCAGGGCUCCAUCCAGCUGCGCUGCCAGUGGUGGUGAGCCCCUCUUGGGCAGGGCACCCCGGCUGCGGGUGUGGGGCUGGAUGUGCUUCUGCUGCCACUGGCGGGAGAUGGGGAGCUGCUGCUUGGGGCUGCCACAGCUGUUGGGGACAGGGACAGGCAUGUGGAGACCUGUGCUGCGUCCCGGUGCUGGCCCAGCAGGGCAGGAGGGUGCAGGGACAGUCAGGCCAGCACCUUUCCCUGGCUGCUUGCCCCGCACCAAAGCCUCAUUGCUCCAUUCUCAGCCCUGGUGCGUCAUGCUUCCGGCUCACACUGCCCCCAGGCCCAGGCUGUCAGGGUUUGGGGUGGCUCUGAUGCCCGCAGCCUCCUGUCACGGUCCUGAGAGCAGCCCUUAUGUCCAUCCUCUGACAAGCAAGGAGCAGCAGCCUUCCUCCUCCUCCUCGAUCCCUCUGGCUCCUGAGCAGGGUGAUGCCCGAUGGCCCCUUCCAUCUCUUUGCCACCUCUGGGCAUCUGCCUGCCCCUGCCACUUCUCCCAGCCCUGCCCUCCUGCCUGCCCAGGCCAUGGCUGCAGCACCCAUGCUGGGUGGGGAGCUGCGGCACCCCUGGGUGCCCUCCACCGUGCCCCCCACAGGGAUGCAGCCGCUGCAGAGUGGCCUGAGCCUGCUGGUGGCAAAGAGGGACCCGGGGUUGCCACAGUUCCUUCUCCCGAGGCCGGGGCAGGGCUCUGCGCUCACGUUCCUCCAGAGUCCAGGGCUCCAGCCAAAGCCCCUCAGGGGUCCCAGCACAGGGCAGGCACCUGGGGCCUUGCUCACAGCCAGGACAGGGGCUGGGGCUGGGCCCAGAGGCUGGGGGCAGAAGAGGGGCUCUUGGUGGCUGGUGGCCCAGUGGCCCUGCUCUGGCUGGGCAGUGGGCAGAGCUGCUCCCCCCGUGGUAGGAUGCUGGACCCCAGCCCAGCACUGCCUUCCCCGGUGCAGCCCUGCCCACCACCCCCAGUCCCUGGUACCAGAGCACAACCCCCCCAAGAAGCAUGUCCAGCCCAGCCCCUGCCUGGCCCAAGCACCCAGUGGGACUGUCCCAGAGCAGAGCCCUCUCCUCUCAGCCCCCCAACAACUGAUGUGAGCUGCAGCACCGUGCACAAAGGGGUGGGGGGCACCGGGGACCCCCUUCCAAGGCAGGGGCCUUGUCUGGCUAGAGGGGCCAGAGGCGCAGCUGCUCCUGCCCCAGUGCCAGCAGGGUCUGGGCGCUUGGGCCCCUCCUCUGGGAAGCAAUAACGUCGCAGGGCUGCUUCCUGGCAGGCAAAGCACCCCUGGGGCCUUGCCCCCCACCAUGCCCCCCGUGAGCACAAGGUCACUUUUCUCCCCCAGCAGCGGCUCUUGUGGCCCAAGCUCCCAGCGCAGCAGGGCUGGGCCCCCCCUGCCAAGGCAGGAGCCAGGAACAGCCUGGGGGGGCUCUGGCACUUGCCACCCUGCCAGCAGCCUCCAGCAGCAGGGCCAAGGGGCCAUGGCCAGUGCUGGGCCGCGGGGCAAGAAGGGCAGGAGUGGGCUGCCUACAGGCAGGAUCCUGCCAUCCUUGCCGGGGGGGGGUUCUGGUGCAAUAACUGCCCUGUGCAAUGGGAAGCCCCGGUCUGAUUCUCUUCACCCACCGUCGCAUGCACAGACCCAAUCAUCAACACUGAAGUUGUGCUUGGGGAGACGUUUCACAUUUUCUUUCCAGUCCCCAGCCUCAGGCCACUCAUCCCCCAGGCCUCAGCCCCUCUGCCCUCCCUACAGCGGGAGCAUGGCCAUGCAGUAUUCAAUGAGCAGUGUGGGGCACGCACAGCUUGCACUUGAACUGGGGAUUGGGUUUUUUCGUAAUUAAUGUACUUGAAGGCUUCCCGAGCCCCCCGUGGAGUUGUACCGUUGCUGUACUGUGAGCUAAGUGUCCUUGUUUUCUAUGUGAUCUCGACCCUAGCUUGCUCUGUCUCACUGCCUGGAUGACACUGUACGUCGCCUCCCCUCCUUCACCCAUCCCUCCCUGCAAGCCUCCCUUCCUUCUCCCAGAGCUUUGGGUGCAACACAGCUUCCCAUUUUGUGGAAUUUUUAUGUAGAAUAAACAUUUGUAACUGUAAA